CCGGAUAAUGCAAAUAAUAUUAUAAGUUUUUGGGAUGGCUGUACAUCAACAGGGUCAAAAAAUGGAUGACAUGACAAGGAUUCUCCCAUCCAAUUGUUCGAAAGUGUUUAUUCAAAGGGAUUUCUCAGAUGGAACUGCUGUCAAGUUUCAGACCAAAUUUCCCACUGAGCUUGAAGGAAAGAUUGAGAAUGAUCAUUUUGUACGGACCAUCAGUUCCUUGAAUACCAUGUUUGCGGAGGCUGAGUCACUAAAUAGUCGUAAUUACUGUGAGAGCUGCUUUGCUUGCCUGACAGCAUACCUCAGUUACCUCUGCUUAGACACACAUUAUGAAAAAGUAUUGAAAAAGGUUGGAAAGUACAUAGCAGAACAGAACCAGACAGUAUAUGUCCCUCGAGGUCUUAUGUUGGUGGAUCCAGUGGAGCGGGGUUUGAGAACUCUUGAAAUUUGCAUAUUAAAUGAAACAAAUGGAAGAUGAUGGCAAUGCAAUAUCAAGACAAGAGAAGAGAGAAAAUGAAAGUGAUACAUGUACAGUUGCUAUCUAAUUCCAUCAUAUCAUGGUUUCGUGCUUGAUGUUGUGAACAACGCUCCAUAAAAUUACUUCCAAGAUUUUUCAAUAUCUAUACAUGUACUUGGUUCCAUCAGAUUCCUACACAAUUAAUUUGUGCAACUUGUUCACUUAACAUUAUAAUUUUGUGCUGUCCACCUAGGACAUCUCACAGUUUGGUUUAGAGAACUGAUUCAGAGCAGCCUGUUGACCAUGAUAUCACUGUGAUUUGAUGUAAACUUGAUUAGAAACAUUCCAUGAUUUAAGAAAAGAGUGGUAAUUUUUCUUUCACUCUGGCUUCUCUCUGUGUUGCAUUUCUUUACUAGCAUCAUCUAUCUCCAACAGAACUUCUAACUGUGUUGUAACUGGAAGAUGCAAUCUUCAUCUAGUGAGGAUAAAACUUCAAACUGUGUUAUAAUUGGAAGAUGCUAUCUUUAUCUAGCAAGGAUAAAACCUAGAGCUGUGUUAUAAUUGGAAGAUGGAGAAAUUCUCUUUUACUCUGACAAACUCCCGUACAUUCAUUAUCUGUGAAAUUUUGAUGAUCUAUUUCUGAUAUAUAUGUAUUUAAGUUUUGAUGUACAAUGUAUUAUAUCACAAUGCUAAUUUUUCAACAAUAACGAAGUAGAUGAUUUCACCCUCGUUUAAACUAUAUUACAUGUACAAUUCCCGUAGUGUCUUCACCAUUAUUUGAUAUGAGAGUGGCAUUGCAAAUCAUAUUUAGAGUCUUCUCUGGUUGUUUGUUUAUUGUGUUGCCAGUCUCCUGUUGUCACAAAAACUGACAUUUCUUGCAACAAGUACAUUACAAGUAAUCUUUUCACUUUAAUCCCUGUAAUAUAAUCUAGAAAAGUGGCUUACUGCUACAUUGCCUAGAAACCUUAUAAAAUUAUCAAAUAUAUUAGGGUAAGAUUUUUAAGGAAUUCAAAAAGCAGUCCCCUGAAAUAUCACACCUGUAUCCUGUAUUUCUUAUGCUCUACACAUGCUUACAGAUUUAAAUUACCUGUAUUCUUAUAUUCCUUUAGAUGUAUACAGUUAGCAUAAUAGCCAAGUGAGUCAAUGCAUUUCUUCAUCCUUGAUGUAUAAGUAUUUUUUUGUUUGAAAUAAUCUAUUAGAAAGGUAAAUGCAAUAAAUACAUGUUAGUGCAAUUUUUAGAAAUGUUAAAAAUGUUAAAUAAUCAAAUUUCUAAAGAUGAAAUAAAAGUAUCAUUCCAUCUGUAAUAUACCAGUUAACACAAUGUGUUGAACAUUUUAAUCAUCAUAUUUGUGUUUUUCAUGAUUAUUCUAUUGUGCUAGUUUGAAUAUAAAAAGCUAACUAAGUAAAGAAAAAUCACAUUUGAAUUGAGUAAGUUAUCAUUGUGGCUAGAACCCAGAUGUUUCUCUCAUGAAAUGUUUUAGAGCUCAUUGAUGAUAAAAAUCAUUUUUAUAAUUGAACAAAAAAUAUUUAUAUUCACUCAUAAAAACUUUAUGGCUGUAUGUGUUGUCUGAUAGCUUUUAUUGUUGUAUUUAUGAUAAACAUAUAUUUUUACUUUUGUUGAAUGAUCAUGUCAACUUUGAAGGUGAAAUUUUAAUUCUGCAAAUAGUUUUACAUGGUUGAAAUGUGAUGUGUUGACCAUCAGUAGCAUAUAUAUAUAGAUAUGUUGAAGUGAGAUCAUUGCUCCCCAGUUGUGUAAUGCACUUGAGUCAUAACCUUGAUGUCUAAAACUCCCUAAUAUCUCUACUUGUCAGUCAGGCUUUGUUCAUGAUAUCAAGGCUAAUUUGACCCCCCCCCCCCCCCCCCAAAAAAAAUAAUUAUAACAUUGACAAGUUUAAGAAAAGGGUGGAGCUUUUAAUAAACAAAUGCCAAGAAGUUGAGAAAAGUUCUAAUGGAUGAUUGAAGAGAAAUCCAUGUUGUUGUUGUUUUUCGGGGGGGGGGGGGGGGGGGGGGGGUGUUGAAAUCUCCUUAAACUGAACUAUUUAAACUUGGAUUAUGAUUUGUAUUAUGACAUGCAGUGUUUUAGUACAUUUCAUAGGAAGGUCAGUGGAUGAUUUAAUGGUCUUCAAUUACUCAAACGCCAUUGUGAACCGUAAUGAAGGGAUUGUUUAAAGUUGUCUGAAAACACCUGGCAAGGUUUUUUAUGUGUUUUACAAUAUCUUUUCAAAUCAUUUCUAAUAUUUCAAAAUUUCAUUGUCAUUUAUUGCUUUGUGUAUGUAUACAUGUGUUGAUAUAUAUCUCAUUUCACUUAGAAUGAUUAACAUUGUUCAACGUAGUUUUGAUUGAACAUUUAAAACAUACAUUUUCAAUUAAGUAGCGGAAUAGCAAUAUGAUAGAAAUUUAUUAUAUAAUGAAAGUUUAAUGUACAACAGUAAAAUGUUAAUUUUGUGAUCUUUGUAACCAUUUAAAGAAGCUCAACAAAAACGAAAAAUUAUUUUAAGAGUGCAUAUAUUUAGUUAAUGCUUCAGUAUUCUUGGAAUGAUAAUACAGUAUUUAUUACACUGUGUCUUGUAGUUCCUUGAUAAAUAAACCUGUCAUCUUUGCUUA